CAUCCUCCACGCACCAACCCCCCGUGAUAUCUACCAUGCCCGAAGAAGCAGCGAGUGUGUUGCCUGUCGCCGCAAGGCUGAAACUCAGGCAGGACCGGUGGCUCGAGACGCUCGGCAAAGUCUUUCUCGUGAGCGAGGGCUACAUCGUCAGAAGGCCCCCAUCGCUCCUCGAAGACCUGUACAAGGUGGUCACCGUCGAGAUCUUCGGCAACGGUCGAUGCUUCGUGGUGGUGAUCAUCGAGCCCCCCGUGGAAGAGGAAAACCGGUCCGCUUGCUGGGAGAGCCUGGACGCGCUCCAGCGGGAGGAUUGGUUCCAGCCCGUCAGGGGACAGCCAAGAAAUCAGGAUAUCUACGGGGCCUUGCAGAUGGGGGACGAGGUGAUCUUCACGAAGAAGGGCCAGGGCCCGCCAGCGAAAGACGGGGGGCACGUGCCAGCGUCGAGAACCUUCGAGGCCGAGACGGUGCUGAGCUGGGACGCGGAUAUCUCUGUGAUCGAGUUCCACCUCGAACAAGUGAAGUCCAAAAUUCAGAUAGCUAGGCUUCGUCGGUUGCUUGGCUCGGUAUCAAGGAUGGUGGUGAGACAGGGAGUGUUUGAAUUUGCAUGAAUCAGGUAGGAAGAGCUAACUAGUGAAAGCCGCAAAAGCUGCAGGUCUAGUUAUAGAUUACUGCCAGAUACCAGAUACACAGUUCAUUGUACUCGGAAACCAGACUCCUUGGAUGACAACCAUGACAACUCCAAGCCCCCGAACAUUGCAAU